AUGAAAAGAAAGAGAAACACGAUUCCCGAAAGUGACGAUGAUGCCAGUUUUGUCAAUAACAGCGAUUACUCUGUGUUAGAUAAGUCCCAUACCCAACAGACCCUCGAUGGCCCCUUUGAUGUGCACAAAUCAGAGUCGGAACAUAGUAUUGGAGAAACAAAUGAAUCAAAAAUGAUUUCCCACAAUACUCUUGAAACAUCCACUAAUACUCAGCUAGUAUCCCCAAAAGACACGAAUGACUUGAAACUGCAAACUGAUUUAAAUAUUGAAAAUGAAACUGACCGACCUGUCGUUGAUGGAAGUGAUCCCGUUCCCUCCAAAAAAUUAGAUGCGCCUACAUCAGAAGCCAAAAUGUAUAGUUCGCCUUUAUCCCUCAAUACCCAUGACUCGAUAGCGCAAGACACUAAAAUUACACAGGAGAAAAGAAAUGAGCCAAGAUUAGUCAUAGAUCGAUUAGUGCUUACUGAUUUCAAAUCCUAUGCCGGCAAAAAAGUUAUUGGCCCGUUCCAUUCAUCUUUUUCUGCUGUCGUAGGUCCUAAUGGAAGUGGGAAAUCGAAUGUGAUUGAUUCUAUGUUGUUUGUUUUUGGGUUUAGGGCAUCUAAAAUGAGACAAGGUAAACUAUCCGAAUUAAUUCACAAUUCAGGGGAUCAAAGACCUGACUAUUGUCAAGUUGACAUUCAUUUUCAGAUGGUAGUGGAUGAUUUGGUAGUGCCUCAAAAGGCAGAUGUGGUACCUGACUCGGAGUUGAUUAUAUCGAGGAAAGCUUUUAGAAACAACCAAUCACUGUAUUAUAUUAAUGGAAAGACAAGCAGUUAUUCCGAAGUCACAACAUUACUUAAAAAUAAGGGUAUCGAUUUAGAUCACAAGAGGUUUCUUAUUUUACAAGGUGAAGUAGAAUCUAUUGCUCAAAUGAAACCCAAAGCGGAAAAAGAGAAUGAUGAUGGAUUGUUGGAGUACCUCGAAGACAUUGUUGGAACCUCAAAAUACAAAAAGUUGAUUGAAGACAGUAUUGUCCGUAUAGAUGAGUUGAAUGACAUAUGUUUGGAAAAGGCUAACAGAUUUGACUUGGUUGAGAAAGACAAAGAUUUAUUAGAAGAAAAGAAAGUUGAAGCACUUCGAUUUUUGGAACUAGAAAAGAAAUUAAUAAAUUGCAAAAGUGUUCAGUUUCAAAUUGAGAUUCUGGCGCACCAAAAGAGAAUAGCAGCCAAACAAGCAGAAGCAGAUGCAAUCGAAAAAGAAUUAGAGGAAAAUAAGGAGUCCAACAAAGAAAUUCUUGAAGGAAUUGAAAGUGAACUUAGCACCCAAAAGGAAAUUGAACGCGAUAUCAAAGUUUUGUCAGCGGAGAUUGACAGUUUAGGGAAGAAUAGGAAAGAUAUUAGUAAGAAAAAUGUUUCUUUGGAAGAAAAGUCUAAGAACAACGCCAACAAGUUGAAGAAAAUCCAAAAGAGUUUAGAGAACCUGAAACAUACCGUGAGCAGCUCUAAUCAAAAACUUUCUAAUUAUGCUGUUACUACCGAGAAAUUCAAGUCUGAUAUCGAUCGUUUAAAUAAGGAGUUAGAAACUGAAGAAGCUAGAUUAAACGAUAUAAGGUCGAGCUUGACUGAAAAGACUUCUGAGUUUACAAAAGAAAUACAACUGCUACAGAAAAGUUUGGAUCCAUGGGAUUCUAAAUUGAAAGAAAAGGAAAAUGAAAUAAAGUUAGCUGAAUCCGCGAUAGAGAUCUUGCGUAGUCAAUUGAAUAGCACUACAAACCAAUUGGAAGAACACAAGGAACGUUUGAUUCAGAUAAAAAAGUUGGGGAAAGACAAAGAGGUUGAAUACAGAGAAAACGAGUCCAAGCUCGGCAAGAUAGAGGAACAGAUUGCGUUAGGCGAAGAGCAAUGCCAAACAGCUAAAAGUGCCUUGAACAAUUUCAAAUCACAGCUUAUGAGCUUCCGACAAAAGACACAGGAUUCGGCAGCAAUUGUCCACAAUACCCAAAACAAGAACAAAGUGUUAACUGCAUUACUCAGAUUGGCAAAUUCUGGUAGAAUCCAAGGAUUUUACGGUAGAUUAGGGGAUCUUGGGACUAUUGAUCAAAAGUACGAUGUGGCGAUCUCUACGGCAGCACCAGGGUUAGACUCGAUGGUCGUGGAGACUGUCGAGACAGCACAGGCGUGUAUCGAAUAUCUACGGAAAAACAAAUUGGGGUAUGCAAACUUUAUUUGUUUGAAUAAAUUGAGAAAGUUCAACUUGGCGCCUAUCCAAACUCCAGGUGAUCCAAGUAGUAUCAAAAGAUUGUUUGAUUUGAUACAGCCAUCUAGCUCCAAGUUUGCCCCGGCAUUUUACAGUAAAGUUUUCAAUACAUUAGUGGCACCUAACUUGAACGAGGCCAAAAAAGUUGCGUAUGGGGCCAAGAGAUGGAAGGUUGUAACUCUAGAUGGUAAAGUUGUUGACACAUCAGGUACAAUGUCAGGAGGUGGUAACUAUGUAUCUCGAGGAGCUAUGAGAUUAAGUGAUUCUUCCAACUCCAACGAUCAAGCCAUUACUGCUGAUGAGUUAGAAAAAAUGAACACAAAGCUACAAGAAAUGGAAAAUGAGUUUGAGCAAAUGAAUUCAGACUAUAAUGAGAAAAUUGCCAUGUUGAACAAAUUACAAGUUCUUAAACCAGAAACAGAAUUUGCGAUAUCAAGGUUAAAGUUGGACAUACAGUCAUUAGUGUCAGAAAAGAAAGAGGUUACCCAGAUUUGUAAAAACUUGAUAGCCGAACAGCAAAAAUUGGAAGAGAACAACCCUUUUGAACAACAGUUACUUUCAAAGGAAAAAGAGUUGGAAGAAUUAGUAAAUGCAAAAACACAAAUCAAAGAGCAAAUGAGUGGGUUUGAACAAAAGAUUUCUGUUUUGGAACAAAAGAUUAUGGAUGUAGGUGGUGUGGAGCUAAAAGUUCAAAGCUCGAAAGUUGAUUCUAUCAAACAACAAAUAUCAAUUAUCCACGAGAAAACAUCUGGCGAUCGUAUGACUGUGAAAAAAUUAGAAAAUGAAAUUAACAGACACACCAAAUUAAUUGAGUCUUUAACUACUGAACAAGAAGAAGCUGAGGCUGAAUUGGAGAAAAUAAAUGAACAGCAGCGCUCUCUUUUAUCAAAAUUAGAAGAAGUGAAUUCAAAACUCAAAGAACUCGAAGAUGAACGAAACGACAAAGAAGAUAACUUGGAAAAAAUGAAACACGACCUUGAAGAAAAACAGGACCAAAUCAAUAAGUUCAAACUGGUGGAGAUUGAACUUUUAAACAAAUUAGAAAAAUGCAAGGGAACCCUCAAGGGUUUGAAGCAAGCCAUCGAACAGAAUAAAGAGGAAUUAGAUGCUUUGGUCAUAAGGGAUGUUGAACCAUAUAUUAGUUGGCUCGAUGAAACCGAACAAAAGAAAUAUAAUGGUGCUUUGAUUGACACAUUAUCCGAAGAGGAUAUAGCAGAUGUUGAUUUAGAGGCUGUAACAAGUGAGAUUGAAGAAUUGGAGAAUUAUAUGGCAAAUGUUAAAGUUGAUAUUGAAAUACUAAAAGAGUACGGUGCCAAGAUUGUUGAAUACAAUGACAAGAAAAGUGAUUUGAACCAGGCAGUUGCAGAACGUGACAGCAAGAAAAACUACUGUGACGACUUGAAACGCAAGAGACUAGAUGAGUUUAUGGUUGGGUUCAAUACAAUCUCCAUGACAUUAAAGGAUAUGUACCGUAUGAUAACCAUGGGUGGGAAUGCUGAAUUGGAAUUGGUGGAUAGUUUAGAUCCAUUUUCAGAAGGUAUAUUAUUUAGUGUUAUGCCUCCUAAAAAAUCUUGGAAGAAUAUUUCCAAUUUGUCGGGUGGUGAAAAGACUUUAAGUUCAUUGGCAUUGGUAUUUGCAUUGCACAAGUACAAGCCUACACCGCUUUAUGUGAUGGAUGAAAUUGAUGCUGCGUUGGAUUUCCGAAAUGUUUCCAUUGUGGCCAAUUACAUCAAGGAAAGAACUAAAAAUGCCCAGUUUAUUGUGAUAUCUUUAAGAAAUAACAUGUUUGAACUUGCACAGCAGUUAGUUGGUAUUUACAAGGUUAACAACAAGACUAGUAGUGUUUCACUAGCAAAUAUAGAAAUGCAUUAA